AUGAAAAUACACCCUAGUCAUCAUAGUUACAUCAAAAGGGCGGACGAGCUAGAGGAAAUAUCGCCUGCUUCGUCCUUUUACUGCCUCAAUUAUGUGAUAGACAAGGUGUCCGAGGUUUACCAGGCUAACAAAAGCGGUAAUACGUCCAUUGUCUAUUUUAAUAAUAGCUCAGAUCCUGAUGUUAAGAGGACCUUGAUACAGCUUCUGGACAGGGCCGAGAGUCUGAAGGAAGCCCGUGGGCCAUUCGAGCUCUCAGACUUCGUGGAAUUUGCGUCACGUCUCUUGGAUGCAGCUGAAGCCGACAAUGACCCUCAGUCCGCUUUCAACCGGUUCUUCGUUGCUGGCAAACUAUUCGACGUUAUAGUACACUUCAGCGACGAUUCCAAACACAGUGAACUUAGGCGAUACGCCCAAUUCAGGGCCCUUCAAAAGAAGAGGCAAAUCUCUGGCGAGCAAUCACCGACAUCGCAAAACGCAAUCGAAAAAGCAUCCACGAGUGCAGAAAUAUCCAGCGCUCAGCAUACAGAUGCAAUCGGGGAGGCAGUCUCAGAAACAGAAGAUUUAAAAGCGCCGCAUCACACGCCAGCAACAGAUGCAUAUGACCUUCAAAUGGCAGAUGGCGCAAUGAAUUCCGCACGAUUAGCCGUUUCAGGUACGUUCAUUCUAUUCAUGCUCCCCAAUUCAAUGGUUUAUCAAAAGCCCGCAGCACUCUCCUUCCAAGACUUCAAAGAGGCAUCAUCGCAUCUCAAGGAUGCCCUAAGGAUUUUGGAACGUAUGGGAUAUUAG